UCGAUGUUUUCAUUCAUUCGUACUGGAGUCUUGUUGUCAGUUUUAGUUGGCUGUUAAUCGUACAUUAGUCCCCAUUUCAUUACAGCAAACACUAUGGAUCUCCAAUAGUCUACUUUAACUUAUAAAUCGUGAGAUCAUGAAAAAAAUCAAGUACACUAUCCCAAGGAAAACAAGGCUCUUGAGUGAAGAUUGCCAGGAAGAAAUCACCCUUAAUUCCAGGGAAGGCAAAGAUCUUAUCAACUCCAUCAACAACUUGACAUGGGAGGCAGGAGAACUAGACCGCAGUUUCACCAUAUCAAAAAUCUGCAAAGUAGACAAUCCCACUCUAGAGAGAGAAUUUCAAGCCAAAAGAGCCGAGAUGAAAGAUGAAGGCCGUACACCUAAAGAGCUCACAGAAACUCUUGCUUUUAAAACAGAGUUAUUGAGUGGAAAAGUCAAAGAGUAUUGCAAAAAGGGUCUGACUUGCCCAGGUGCCAAUGAUAUUCUUGGUGAUAGUAGCAUGGGUGUGUCAUUGUGGAGGUGUCCAGAUUUAUGUUUGAAGAGUAUGUCUUGUUGGCAUAGUACAUGGACAGUAUUCUUAGUGAUCUUUAGGGUUGUAAAAGGCAAGGUCAAGUGUGUGACAAGCAAGAAAAGUGAUGAGUCACAAUCAAUGGAACCCACGCCUAAUUAUGACUGUCAUGUAUCAAAAAAUAUCCCAAACACGUCAACAAUAGAUACUGCUUCACUUUUGACAAAAACUCAGUAUUACCUGUAUGAGUACAACGACGAAGGGUUUACAGUAAAGAGACCAAGGCAGUGUUUACCUUACGCUAUUGUCCAUAUCAAGAAAGCUGCUCAACCACUACUUCUUCCAGAAAUAAAGCAAUCGUCUAUAAUUAGUAUAGAGACUACCAUCCAAGAACUUACUGUCAAGGAAACUGCAUGCACUGCUACUAACAAAGCACCUACUAAUGAAUCAACUACAAUGAAACAGCUAGUACUAGAUGACAGCARUAGUCAAAUGGCCUGGCGUGGCCUUAUUGCAACAAACAACCAUAGUCUAGGAGUUGUUGCAAUUCAUUCAGGGCAUAAAAUUGGUUUGAAAAUGUGGAAGUCUUUUCUUGAUGUGAAAAGUAGAAUACCUCUGGACAAUUUACUUAAAGUUAUACCAGGUGAUAUCAGAACUGCGUGGACAAAUCCAUUAAUAUACCGUGACUACACAUUCAGUUUGUGUACUCUCAAGCCAUGUGGUYCGCCAGACAGUUAUAACAACUUUAUCAAGACACUUUCUAUGAAAGAUUAUUCGGCAGCCGUCGUCACUGUAAACAGUUCAACGAUUUUAUUCCUUGUUCCUUCAUGCAAAUUAACCGUUGAGCUAGGAUUUUCAGCUAAUACGGAGCCACUGCGAAUGUUCUGUAUUGUGAGAAGACGAAGACAGUCGCAAUGUCCGAGUGUAGAAGUGAGGCUGAACGCUGAAGUAGCUAAGCCAUCUGUUGUUGUGCCAGAAAACUUGAAUAUCAAUACUAAAAUUGAAGUGCCUUACCCUUUACAACACGUAAACAGUCCACUGCGAAAACGAGUCACCGUUUGUCGGAGAUCAAAGUCURUAGACUCUGCCGUCGCAACUUCAGGCGUUUUUCCACCCAAAAAUACCCGACUUAAACGACAGCUUUCGACCAGUACUGAAGUACGGUCUGUUGCUGCUACGCAAAAAGACAAGGAGGAUUGUGAUGACUUGAAAAUAAUGYUUCCAGAUUCUAGAGGUGGCUCUGAUAAUCCAAUUUCUAUAUCUAGUGCAAUACCUAGCAAAAUGGAGAGAAGCUUAUCCGGGAAGAAAUCCAUUUCACGUAGUUCUGAUGCWGCAGAAAUGUCUUCAUCCAUCGAUGAAGUGGUUGUUAUAGAUUCGGCAGGUUUGCAACGUGAAACUAAAUCAUCUCCUCAUGAAACAUCACCGUCUGCUUUAUCCAGCCUUUUCCAAGUCAUGAGGUCUAAAAGUAUCCCCUUCCUCGAAGAGACUCAUUUAGAUCACUUGAUGCAAAUUGAACAACAGGAACAGAACAGAGYAUCUUUCACACCGACGUUGGAAAGUCGCUUAACUGAUGAAAAUGAGCCAACCAACGAAUCUCUUGAUCGAGAUAUACGCCAUUCAAAGUCUUACGAGAGCCAUCGAAGAAAGUUGGUGCCUUGCAGUAAGAAGGAAAGUUAUACAAAGAUUCAAUGUAAACCUGAUAUCCAAGUGACUCAGACGGAUAGUGGACRGACGAAAAAUCGAUGCUCUGAUGAUAUUGCAAAAUCUGAAUUUAAUGAACAGGACUUUAAUCAAACACGUGACCUAAAUGCCCCGCCAAUCCCAAGGGAAGACACCCUAUUAUGUGAUCCWAGCACUCCACUUUUCUUGAAACGUCGACCCAGUCUGUUCGAGCGAGUAAAUGAAAUCAAGAAACUGUAUCGACUCUGUGUAGAUGAGGAGGACAUGGACGACCCYCCUGUCACAUGCAACUCUAGUCAAAUAGUCAGUAGUCCUGAAGAUACUGAAAGUGAGACGUCGAGAAACUGGUCCAGCGGACUACAAGUUGUGGAGGCAACGCUAAUAGAGCUUGACUUCAUGAAAAUUGACGAAGAAAUUGAAAAUUAUGACAUGGAAAACGCCUUUGAAUAUUUAGAUAUCGAUGGUGUAAGGGAAACACCUGAGUACCAAGAGGUGACGUUGUGGUGUAGUACAGAUCWGGUUAGUACUUCAUUCGAUAUCAUUMCAAAAGAGGCUUCGUCACCGGAUUCCCUGCUAAAACCUACAAGAGACCGCCUUCAUUUGGAAAGUUCUAGCUCAAAUAAUGGACAAGAACCGAACAAUUUCUUUACAGAUUCAAGGAAUCCCUUGCAUGAAAAUUUACAGGUCAGCAAGCAAACUUGCCUUGAUAAAGAGAUCUCGCUUAAUUGUAUGAACAGCUCUCCAAAGGCAGCUACUGUAAAGAMUGUAACUGAAAAMGYGGAAAAUGAUGAGGACUCUCGGCAUAGAAGGAGUGAGUUAUCAACUGUAAACUCAUUAGGCAUUGAGUCAGAUAACCGUUCCAUUUGUGCGCAGCAAAGUAUAGUUGAAGCAAUGGAUCUGCACGUCGUCGAUGAGUGUGUUAAACAGUCAGAUAUUUCUACUGCUAAUUUACAGAACACUAACGAGGGUUUUAAUGCGGUUGAAAGAUUACUGGCCGAUGUUGAUAGCCAAAUGGUCAAUGGCAGUACAACAUCAACCAAAGCGGUUAUUGUUGCAGCGAUAAAUACGGAUAUCCGUACUGGGAAUGAUGUUGAUAACACUUCGUCCAAGUCAGCUUCUAUAUUGGAUGGUAAUGACCCUGUGACCAAUAUAUCUAGCAUUACAAGUAACUGUGAAGUAAAUACGAGUAUGAUUGAACUCCGUGCAUCGCUUAAAAGCGCAGAGGUCCAGAGGGUCACUUUUCCUACGAAAAAACUAGAAGAAAAAGAAAAUAAAUCCAACAAUCGAGGUGAUACUGUUUUAGCGGCGUCGAAGAGACCACACCCACCGCCUAUAAGCUACAGCUAUAAAGGUGCCUUACAUCACACUUAUCACCCUCCUCCUGUGAAGAUAAGACGACUUAUUGAUGACAAUCCUCGACCAUAUUUACAUAGAUUUGAAUGCCGUCCGCCUCCCCCUUUGAUGCACCCUCCUUUUCCAUUUCCUUACAGACCAUGUUCUGCUGCUCGUUACUUCAAGCUGGAAGUUCACCCAUAUGCUCGGGCGUUUAGUCCACAUUAUAGACAGCCAUUACUGCCACAAYAUAGAUGCUAUGGCGAUAGCGAGCAUAGACUUUGAAGAUGCUUUCGCGUCGGUCCCUGUGUGAUUCCACUACCGAGAAAAACUGGGAGCGAUGAUGGAAACAUUCGUAUUGAGAUGUUACUGUUUAUGAAUAACUAGGUGCAAUUUUACAGUAGGAUUCCCCGGAUUGUCUUUUUCUAAACCAAAGACUUUUUCAAAUAUGCGUUGAACGCCGUAAUGUGAAAAUUAUAUGUGUUAAAGUUAAAACCGCUGUAUCGUGACGUAGAAUUUUUGAAGGUAGUUUUCUAGAUUUGUUUGUUUUUUGUUUGCUUUUGUUUUUCAUCGAUGUAGUAUAGUAGUGUAGUAUACAACAACAACAUUGAAUARCAACAACAAUUCUUAAAAAAACUUAAAUAUUUAUAUACAAAASUCUUAUUAUGAUUAGACUUAAUGAUUAGAGGUAUUAAUGUAGGUCAAAUAUUCGAAUGAUUGAUCGAAACAAAUUCCAAAAUCCUAAGGAGCUUCAAAACUUUGGAGUCGCGAUACAAGCUGUUUCAAUCAUCGUCAGCGACUAUUUGCCUUGAGAGUUUGUACAUAUUUUAUAACGUGUAUAUGUUCCUAGUUUGUUGGACGUUUUAUCACUCAGUGACCAGGAAAAAAAAUGUCCUACCAAAAAAAAAGAACUAUUAUAAAUAUUCAUAAUGCCAUUUAUUUAUAUUUACAAGGCAUUUCAGAGUGUAUCUUGUAAUUUAAAGAUCCUAUUGAAUUUUUCGCAAUAAAGGUCAACCUCUUUUACCUAUA